GCGAAAAUUCGCCAGCUACUUGUAAAUAACACCGAAUUAAUUGGAAAUUUUGACCGAGCGGAGUGGACAAAUUGACGCCGUUUUUUUUCGCAUACGGUUGACACACAUAGACAGUAAAUUACUCGAAAAAAAUGAAGUACCCCGCUCAUUUUUUAGUCUUUGCUCUGUUUUUCAUUGUCAUUUCAUUGGAUGGAAACCAUGGAUUUCCAAGAUCCAAGAGAGAAACAGUGUCGGAUAUGGUUAAAAGAAAAAAACUGACUGGUAAGAUCAGUUUCAAGCCUAUAUCGCUGCCUGAAUUGACAAAACCCAUAAAAAUACCUUCCAGAAUUCAGAUAAAACCCAAAAUGGCCGACAGCCAUAACGACAGAUUGAAGUUAUUAGAAAACCGAAUCAAAGAUUUUAAAUCAAAAAUAGCUGUCAAACCACAACUCAAAGGAAGAUCAGCCUUCGAAAAAGACGCCAUAUCGAAAAAACUCCAAAUCAGAAAAAACGACUUAAAGAAAAAGAUGUUGUUGAACAGAAACGCCUCAGAGAGGGUUGGAUCUCCUGUCAAACUCCAGAACAGAAUUGGAUUGGAUGAAUUCAACGAGAAAAAGAUAAAAAAUAACGCUAAUAGAAAAGAAGUAGAUGAUUUUAAAAUAAAAACUUUGUCUCAUGUUACUAAAGGAACUACUACAACUACUACUAAGGUUCCUAUAGUUGUUUUGGGACCUUCUUCAACGACUUCUACUUCGAAGCCGGUAGAUGUUUCUGUUAAAGUUUCUUCUAGUACUGAGUCAAGUGGUAGUAGUCCAAAACCCGAAAAUUUGGCAUCGACUUUUGAGAAAAUUAAAGAAAAACAAAGAGAUACUGUUUCGAAGAUUCGUAGCAAACUGACAGCUGGUAUUAUCAAAAACAACGAGAAAGUUGAUAAUGUUUUGUAAUUUUUUGUAUUAAUAAAUGAAAAAUAAAGUUUUUUUUUAUGUAAA